UUCAAAACAAAAAUAAAUUUAUAAGAAAAUUAAAAUAGCUAUAUUUAAAAAAAUGUACAGAGUUAAUCGUUAUAAAUUUAUUGGAGAUUUGCACAGAAAAGUGACUAGAUUAUCAGUAAAUAGUUGUCAUGCGUCUAAUAUCCAGCAAAAUGAGUGUACAAGCUUUCUAGCUCUUCCUCAAAAAAUUAGCAUAUUAGAUCAUAACAAAAAAAGUGAUUGGAAACAAAUUAAUCAAGAAUAUUCGGCAAUUUUAAAAAUAUUCAGUCGCUCAUUCUCAAUACCUGAGCAUUCAAUUAUUCGUCUGCUAAGGAAUUCAAUUUUUAAUUGUCAACAUAAAAAUGAUUCAAGUAAGAGUGGAAGUAAUGUCAACAAACAGGACGAAAAGAAUCCAAGCUAUAAGCCAGAUGGAAAAUAUGAUCCUCCAGACGAUGAAAAAGAUCCGAACAAAGAGAGACUAAUGGCUUUUUUUAGUAAAAUUUUCUUUACUGGAAUCCUCAUAUUUAUGCUUUUAUCACUUUUGAUACCACCAAGAAAUCGACCUGAAGUAGCUAAUCGUUAUGUAUCAUGGAAUGAGUUUGUUCAUCAUAUGCUAGCAACUGGAGAAGUGAAGGAAUUAAUAGUACAUCCGGAUUUAGACAUGGUGACCAUCAUUCUUCAUGAAGGAGCUGUAAUUAAAGGAAAGAGAUUACCAUCAAAUUAUCUGUUUUUUCAUAUGGCUAUUGACACAACACGAUUCGAAGAAAAGCUAAGAGAUGUAGAAAAACGACUUGGUGUACGUGAAAAUGUAGCAAUAAGUUUUGAAAGAGGCGGUGAAUUAGCGGGUAAAAUCUUAUUCUCAUUAGUUUCACUCGUCGUUGUCCUCGCAUUAUUAAGUAAAUUGAAGGGAAUGAAAGGACCAUUAAGCUUUGAUACAUUCUCACAAAUGGGCCGUGCUAAAUUUACUCUAGUCGAUUCCUUUGAAGGAGGAAAAGGAGUAUAUUUCAAGGAUGUUGCUGGAUUACAAGAAGCAAAGCAGGAAGUAAUGGAGUUUGUAGAUUAUUUAAAACAGCCAGAACGAUAUCAAACAUUGGGUGCUAAAGUUCCAAAAGGUGCUCUUCUUCUAGGACCACCGGGCUGUGGAAAAACACUUCUCGCAAAAGCAGUCGCCACUGAAGCUCAAGUUCCAUUUUUAUCAAUGAAUGGUUCUGAAUUUAUCGAAAUGAUUGGAGGAUUAGGUGCCGCUCGAGUUAGAGAUUUAUUUAAAGAAGCAAAGAAAAGGAGUCCAUGUAUAAUUUAUAUUGAUGAAAUAGAUGCAAUUGGUAGACAGCGCGAAGGAACUGGAUCAUUUUCAGGGAUGACUUCUGGAGAGAAUGAACAAACUUUAAAUCAAUUACUUGUUGAGAUGGACGGAAUGGUCAGUAAAGCUGGUGUAUUAAUGUUGGCUUCAACAAAUCGUGCUGAUGUCCUUGAUAAAGCUUUAUUGAGGCCUGGACGAUUUGAUCGACACAUCAUGAUUGAUUUACCAAAUCUGCACGAAAGACGAGAAAUAUUCGAGAAACAUUUGUCGGGCGUUUCACUUGAAGAAGCGCCAUCAACAUACUCAAAACGUUUAUCAAUUUUAACGCCUGGAUUUUCAGGUGCAGAUAUAGCAAAUGUCGUAAAUGAAGCAGCUUUGCAUGCAGCAAGAAAUAGCCAAAAGGUUGUUAAAGUUAAGAAUUUAGAAUAUGCAGUAGAGAGAACGGUUGGUGGUACUGAGAAAAGAACCAGUUCAUUGAGCCCGAUAGAAAGAAAAACUGUAGCUUAUCAUGAAGCUGGUCAUGCAAUUGUUGGUUGGAUGCUUCCAAAUUCUGACGUUCUCUUAAAAGUAACAAUUGUUCCGCGUACAUCCUUAGCACUUGGAUUUGCCCAAUACACUCCAAAAGAACAAAAGCUGUACACAAAAGAGGAUCUUGUUGAUAAAAUGUGCAUGGCUUUGGGUGGAAGAGCUGCUGAGAGCUUAACAUUCAAUAAAAUUACAACAGGUGCUCAAAAUGAUUUAGAGAAAGUCACUAAAAUUGCGUAUGCACAAGUCAAAGUAUUUGGUAUGAACGAGAAUAUUGGACUAGUAAGCUUCACUGAUGAGAAUGAAGAAGGAAUGUCAAGUGGAAAACCAUACUCGAAACAUUUACAUAAUAUGAUCGAUAUGGAGGCUAGAAAGCUUAUAAAUGCUGCUUAUAAUAAAACUGAGAAACUUCUCAAAGAUAAUCAAGAUAAGCUUGAAAAGUUGGCACAAUCACUUCUCGAGAAGGAAACUCUCAAUUACGAUGAAGUCGUUGAACUUAUUGGACCACCAGCAUUCGAAGAUACAAAGAGAAAAAUUGAGCCCGUUGAAUUCGAAGAUUCAUUAAGAUCACUUUCACAAGAUGAUAAAUAAAUUGUAUAGUAAAAAUAAAAAAAUAAAAAUUGCUUCAGAACCUUAUAAAUAUUGGAUUCGAAAUAAGCCUCGAAUCUACGAGUAA